AUGGAGAAUUGUAAUGCAGCUCCUACACCCCUUGUUCCAUCGGAGAAGUUGUCACAGGAUGAAGGAUCACCUCUUGGUGCGGAUGACUCAUUCAGAUAUCGCAGUGUCGUUGGAGCAUUGCAGUACUUGACGCUCACACGCCCCAACAUCUCCUUUGCCGUUAACAAGGUGUGUCAGUUUCUCUCACAGCCCACUGAAGUGCACUGGGAGGCAGUGAAGCGUAUACUGCGGUAUGUUAAAGGGACAUUACAGACUGGCUUGCAAAUCCGCAAGUCUCCAUCGAUCGGCAUCGAUAUAUUUACAGAUGCAGACUGGGCAGGUGAUGUUGAUGAUAGGCGCUCCACAAGUGGCUUUGCUGUGUUUGUUGGUCCGAAUCUCAUCUCCUGGAGUUCGAAGAAGCAGCCUACAGUGUCUAGAUCAAGCACCGAAGCUGAGUAUAAAUCUUUGGCUAAUGGCGCUGCUGAAGCCAAAUGGGUAGACUCACUACUCAAGGAACUUGGUGUGACUAAGCAGCGGACACCGAUAUUAUGUUGUCAAAUAAGUGCCAGGAUGCUGGAACUCUGUUUACGUGGUCUCAACUCCAAGGCCCUCCAAGAGGAUGCGAAUAGGGACAGGGGAGGGGAGCCGAUAAGAUACGGGGACGAUGAAAUUCAGGGAUUCUUCCGGGAUUCGGACAUCAGCUUGAUUGAAGGAUCCGCCCGGAAAGACGCCGAUUGUCGCCUGCUUAAUUGGUCUGGAAAUCGAAAGUUUGUUGCCUUCAACCGGGAAACACGGAAGGUUAACUGA